UAUAGCAACAUUGUCAUAUUAAUAAGGGACGCGUUUGUUGAGGACUUUCUUAUCCAAGUCGUUUGUUUCCUCGAGCUCUACAAAGUACAAUGAGACAAACGAGCGGAAUAAAUCCUCUCUUCAGCUUUCCUUUCUUGCUUUUGUUAGUAGUUUCUGGUUUUGGGAAAGUGUCAUCAACAAAUGAAGAAUGCACAGAUGCACUUGGUCGGGAGUGUUUCCGGUAUAGGGAUGAAGACUGCGUUGGUGUGUACGAGACUUGGGCCAGGGCCAACUACAGUCUGCGAUGUGGAUACUGUCCACAGAAACUACCCUGUGUAGACAUCAUAAACUACUGCAGUCAAUUUGGGACAGAUGUGUGUCAAAAGGAGUUCUAUGGACAAUACCUGAGGGAGAACUGCAGAAAGACCUGCAACUUCUGUAGAGCUCCAACAGAGUACCUAGUGUCUAGUACCACCAGUACCACUACACCAGGUAGGUCAACUCUAAUAAGUAAAUCAGAUUAUAUAGAGUACCACAGAUUAUAUAGUGUUAAGUACCACCAGUACAACUACACCAGAUAUAUCAGUACCACAGAGUACCCAGUGUCUAGUAAAACCAGCACAACUACACCAG